AUGCAUGAAGGAGCUCUAAAAGCAUUAAAAAAUUUAUUAGAAGGAGUAAUUGAAGCAUUGCCACCUGAUAGAGGAUUAUCAAGACUAUCCAGGCAUAUAGACCCUCUAAUAGAUUCCUUACAAAGACUAUUACCAUUUAUUGUCCCAAGCCAAAUCCAAGACUUUUUAGAAGUCCUUGACACCCUAGUCACAAAUUUAUCUGAAAAAAUACAAGAACUUGGCAAUGUUUCAGAGCUGACAAACCAUAUAGAAACUCUAAUAAAAAUGAUUUUAAAGGCAGAGUCAAUGAGCAGAAAGGAGCCAAAUGAUAAGCUUGGGAACAAAAUUUUAUCUUCUAUUAUAAAUAUUACAGCUUAUGAAGAAACCAGAACUAAAAGUAUAGGCUCUCAGUCAAACUUUUUGGCAGCUUUUACAAAUAUAUUAAAGCAGCUAGAAAAUUCAAACAUGGAAUAUUGGCAUCCUUUAGAUCAAAAUGUAAUGCAUAUUUAGUGGCAAAUUUUUGUAGUAGCAGUGCAUAAAGUCGAUUCAUUUCAUGAACUGACUGAUUGUAAGCUGAUUAUUGACCAAGCGUUAAAUAUCAUGAAAAUAGUAAACUUUUUUAGAUAAAUAUUUUUUAAUUUUUUUGUAAAAAAAAAAAAAAAAAUUAAUUGAGUUUAUAUGGAGUAUCAAAAUCUGAAAGACUUUUUAGCAUUCAUAGAGAAAUUUUGACACUAGCAAAAUAUUCAUUUUUUGACUCGGAAAAAAUUGUGAAGACUAUCCUGGCUAGCUGUUUAUUGGGUGAUUGCCCUAAUAAGGAAUUAAAAUCAUCAUUAAGAUUAGAAGUGCUAGAAAUGCUAACUCCCCCUCUCUCCUUGAGCCUACAAAGCCAGUAGAAAAAUCACUAUUUUUUUGGGUAAAAACUUGCCUUCAGUGAGCAAACAAAAAAUUAUUUUGAUAUAUAGGUUAUAAUUAUUAUAAUGAAAUCUCUAGAUAAUUCUGUUUAAUUUUAAAUAGCUUGCAUUUAAAACUCAAAUUUUAAAAAUUUAAAUUAAUAUUUACUUUAAAAUUAUUUCGACUUGGAUGUUUUUUUAAAAUUAGCUAUAAAUUAUAUAAUUUUUUAAUAAAAAAAUCAACCCCCUCCGUAAGUGAACAAAGCACUUUUUUUUUCAUCACGGAUGGGGAGUAAGCUUAUUUGGGGUCUCAACAGCCCAUAAAAAGCUAACUUGGGGUCUUUAUCAAUCAUUAUCGGACUCAAAUUUAGAAGUUGUUGCUAAAUCUUUAGAAGAGCUUCAUAUCCAAUUAGAGACAUUAAAAAACAUUGUGUUGGAAAAACCUGACUUUUUAAGCGGAUUUGUAUACAAAAAUAAAGAAAUUCUUCCAGCAUUAACAGCUAAAUUUUUAGAAUUUUUUGAAAACCCUAAUGAAAAUAUUCAGUUGAGCUCAACUUUAGUGCUACAAGACUUGUUACAGUGCCUUCCAGUGGUGGUUUUUGAUAUUUUAAAUGUGAAAAAUCCGAUUUCGCAUGAUUAUUAUGAGAAAUUUGAAGAAGAGUUAUUGGGGAAUUUCAAAGAGGUAAUUAGAAAGGUUGUAGCGACCUAUUUAUCACAGCCAGAAGGGCCAUUUAAAGAAAGCUUGCAUAGCUGUUUACUUAUAAUAAAGGAAAAGAACUCAAAAGCUAUUUAUAUUGAAGCUAUUGAAGCCAAAUCAGCAGGAAUGCUCAAGAGAUGGGAUUAUUUGAAUGCGAUUUUCCAUCUACAUUAA